CCGAAGCAAUCGUCCUUGAUCUUCCAGCUAUUUUUACACAGACAAACACGGCCAUGGUCAGAGACCGUUGGCUAUGUUGUGAGUGUACAUAGUAAAAUAAUAUUACCAACAGUGGUGUGGGCAUCUACAAGUACCGACAAUUUAGAGAGCCCGUGUGUUGUACAUAUCAUAUACCGACAGUUAUGUGAGCUGGUGUUGUACGUACAUACAUACUAACAGUUGUGAGACUCCGUGUUGUACCAAAAGCUUUGACUUUGUGAGACGUCGAGACAGUCGAGGAGGUGGAGUAGUGUCUUCUGUGCGAGAUGAUCUGUGCAUAUUCCUACUGUUGAUCAGCAGGAAUUUCUGUUUUGCUUCACACAGUGGGGCGGCAUGUCUGUUUCUUCUGAAACUGCAUUUCAGAGUGAGUUGGUUGCCUUGAUUCCCAUGAAAGACAAACGACUGAAGCCAAGACGAACUGUGAUGUAUGUCGUGAUCGCCGUGAUCAUCUGUGCCAUCGUGGCCGGCCUCCUGGUCUUCUUCCUCAUGCCACGUGACAUCACGCUGAGCAGCAGCAGCCCCUUCCUCCUCUCACACCACGUGAACAUCAACUCCACAGCCAACACCGUCACGCUAGAUGUUGUGCACCAGUUCAACCUGAGCAACUGCAAUUUUGUGCAGGUGACAGUGACAGGGGUGUCAUUAACAGCCAGAUACUUCCAGUCAGCGUUGGGUAAUGCCACCGCAUACGUAGACAACCCGCUGGAGAUAGAACUGAAGUCUGAUGCCACACUCAGCGUACCCGUACAGAUUAAAUUACAGGAUGCUCAGGGAACUACUUUUGUAAAACGAUGUAAAGCUCCAUACAAGUGGGAGUACGAAUUCUAUCUGUUCUUCUCUGUGACUGUCAAUUAUACGCUGCUGACACAAAGCAACCAAGCCUUGCUGACAACAUUCCAGCAAACAAGUUGUAAACCUACGACUACUUCCAUGGACAUUCAGGGAAUGGCGUCACUUCCAACAACGUGAAAUGGUGUUCAUUUAUAGUGCUGAAAACAAGUUGUGAACCUAACCUUGCUUCCUUCAACCAUGUGAAAUAAUGGUCAUGUACAGUACAGCAAACAAGUUGUUGACCUACUCAUACUUCCUCCAACAUUCAGUCUAUGGCCACACUCCCCAACAUAUCGGUGCUGAACAUAGAUUUGUACUAUUAAUAGCACAAGCCUAUAAUGCUGGAGAUUCUGAUGGAGCUGAGCGUCUUGCACAGAGAACUGCAUGGAUUUUUAGUAUUCAUUUAUUUACAUUUAUUUAUAAUGCUUACUUUUCAUACAGAGAGAGAGAGAGAGAGAGAGAGAGAGAGAGAGAGAGAGAGAGAGAGAGAGAGAGAGAGAGAGAGAGAGAGAGAGAGGGAGUGAGUACUGGUAUAAAAGAAAAACCACCAUGGUCAAAGCCACAAUUUCAGCUUUACCGAAAUUCAAAACACUCUGCUGGACUGUGAUUAUUUUUGUCUAUUGUGCCGCUUUUUAGAAAAAAUGCUUCUACCAGCUUGUUUGGUUUGACAAUUUUUCAGAGUGGACAAUGGAACCCAGUUCACAUGCUACAGACAAUGAUUUCAAGUUCAUUAUCUGAUGGUUGUUACUUUAUACUCUUUGUUCUUAUUCAUCAAUCAAAAUAUGGACCACAUGACCCAAACAGCCUGGUUGAACAUAUUCAUCCAGCUGUAAAGGAAAUGACUGUCUCUGUUGUGUGCUUUGUAUGCGUGUUUCAAAGACUUGUAAUCAGUUAAUAAUUAAUAAAUAACAUUUGUAAAAUGUUAACCCCCUUUCAAUACCAAGCUCUAUGGGCUUUACAAUCUAUAUUGUGAACCCAUAAAACCGUAGAACACUCAGAAACAUUCUUGACCUCCUGAGAAGCACACAGUGCACACAGCUGAUUAAGUUCUCAAACACCAACAGACAAGACCUUUUGUCUAUAGCUAGGUACCCUUUCCUAUAUAUGUGAAGUUAGGAAAUUCGUAUUAAAUGAUUUUCCCAAGAACACAACGCUGGACCCUAUUGGGGUUUGAACGCACGACCUUGUGGUUGCGAGCUCAGCAGCCUAACCACGGGACUUUUGACGCCACUUGUACUACUAGACGGAGUACCGUCAUGGCUGCCACUCUUCACUCUCUAUGAAAACUACAUGAAGUGUGCACACCAUGAACCAUGCCAUUACACCCAGAUGAAGAGCACUACCUCGGCCUAUAGUGGAGUAUGCGCAGCAUGUUCUCUCCUCGCCCUUCAUUUGAAUCAAACUGAGUCAAAUGGUGCACUCAAUAACUCCACAGUGAAACAGAAAUAUGUCACUGUGCGUGAUCUAGGAUAUUAUACAAGUCUGUGCCUGAAAUUCCCUGGAGUAUGACAUGAUAUCAAGUGGAGGAGGACACAUGACGCCUCACAUUGUAGAGCUGUUGAUUAUCAAGGAAGACUUAAGAAAAAAAGGCACUAGUCAUAGAAAUAGUUAUAAGUAGGAUACAGGUUUUUUUGGCGUGUUCAUUUGGACAAGCAUGGUUAUUUCCCUGUGCAGUUAUUCUGAAAGUGCCAAACUUUUUGUUAAAUAAGAAAUGCUGCCGAAAUUGUCCAAGACGGCCGCCCAAUUGUCAAGGAGAAAAGUGCUUAUCUUAUACAGGUGGAGUCUUGAACAGUGCUUUUAUGAUAUACAUGACAAAAAACUCAAAGGGGGGAAGUGGUUGUUUGUACAGGUGAUUGUCUUGGACAAGUGGUCAUUAGAGUUACAGCAUGUUCGACUGUAUUAUGAUGGGAAAGUGGAAAGCUGUGAUGAAUUCUAUUUUUCCCUGUUUGUUCGAAACAUUUUCAUGUCUUUCUGGCUGGAGGGUUCCAGAGACGGUGCCAAUGGUAUCAAUUUUGAAUCUACUACUCUUCAAUUGUGGUGAUGAUAGUCAUUGAUGGCUUGGGUCGCCUCUAGAUAUUUCAUAAUCAUCAUUAUCAUCAUCAUCAACAUCAUUUUCAUCGUCAUCAUUCAGUAUUUGAGACUGAGACACAUUGUUAGCCACACAGUUAAAGUAUUUUACCUUCAUCUCCAUGGUCGUAACUGUCAUAAUUUCCAUUCAGUACCAUUAAAAUCAUAAUCGUUGUCACUAUCGUUUCCUUUUCAUUUUUUGACCGUAAUCAAGUUGUUUAUGUAUGUUGUACCAUUCACAAACUACAUCAUGUACAGUGCAGCUGACAAAACUGCAGCUGAAUGAACCAAUGUCUUGGAAGGACCAAGCUCCUGUCUUGUAACUUGACUGUUUAUUAUUAUAUUAUUGGUUUGUUUAGUUUAAAUAAAUAUGUAUACACAAUACAACUGUACAUAUAUGUAAUAA